AGCAGCAACACCCGCACAGCCUGGAAGUGCUGCUGCUGGCGACCCCACUCCGUUUGUGGAUCUGCACUUCCCUCUCGGGCCCUCUGCCUCUGCUACUUCCCAUGGCCGCCUGCUGCUGCCCUGCAUUGUCAAGCUAUACGACAGUGUGGAGUCCCAAGUAAAGCUGAAUCAGGUGGUGGAGUUCGUGGGAGUGGUGGCACCCCCAUCCGCCCCCACCGUGCAUGCCCACACAGCAGCAGCACCACAAGACGCAGCCACAGGCGCAGGCGCAGGCGCAGGCACAGGAGCAGGCAUGGAGGUGGAGAUGAUGGGGGCGGAUAUGGGCAUGGGAGCGGGCCCGUCUGCCUGUCUGCCCAGCAGCCAGGUGCUGCGCCUGCACUGCUUCACCUGGAGGAAGCUUCCCGACCUCUUUCAAAGUGACAUGGAGCCCACUGUAGCGGCAGCGGCGAGCAUCAGGGCGGCGCUGCUGUCCCGAUUGGCUGCUGCUCUGGGCGGCGACAGGCUGGCGGCAGAGUACCUGCUGCUGCACGUGCUGUCACGAGUGCACACUCGCAUAGAACCCAUGCCUCUCGGAAAACUCUCUCUCAACCUCUCCGGCUUCCCAGAACCUUCCUCCGCCUCCACUCCCUCUCCAACCCCUCCCCCUCUCUCCUCUUCCCCUCCCUCACUCUCCCAAGCCGCCUCCCCCUCCCUCUCCGCCCUCACCUCCUCUCUCCAAACCCUCCUCCCAGCCACCCACACUCUCCCACUCUCUCUAGACACUCUUAACUCGCGCCGUCUCACACCCCAUAAAGACUAUACCUCUGACAGGCUAGUCUCUGGUGUGCUACAGCUGCCAGCAGGGACGCACCUAACUAUUGACGAGACUUCUUUAAAGCCGGGAAGGGUGACGGCGCUAGGGAGUCAGAACCUGCAGGCACUUAAAGAGCUAUUGGAGUGGCAAAAAGUGGACUACGAUUUUCAGUACUAUAAGAUGGAGAUGCAGAGUGAUGUUCCGGUGCUGAUUCUAUCCCAUGCCACGUCACGCCUCCUGCCUGCUGACGUCAGCUUGCCUGUGCGGUGCACGGCGCCACCUCAGCCUGUCCGUGAGGACGAGUCGGAGGUCGCCACGUGGCGGCGGUACAUUGGCUGCUGCCGGCUGUUGGAGCAUGAGAUCAAGGAGGACAUGCGGGAGCAAGUGGAGCGGGAACUAGUGGCAGCACGGCAGCAGGACCCCUCUCUCGACUCCGACACUUUCCACCGGUACGUGCUGCUUGCUGCUGCUUGUGAUGGUUGUUGCUGGGCUGUUGCGGGGCAUUUUUUUAUCUCCUCAGAAGCUCAUGGCAGCGCGGCAGCAGAACCUUCCACCGGUACGCGCUGCCUGCUGCUGCUUGUCAUGGCUGUUGCUGGGCAAUGCCUGUCGCGGGGCAUUCUUUACGCUCCUCAGAUGCUCGUGGCAGCGCGGCAGCAGGACCCUUCUCUCGACUCCGACACUUUCCACAGUACGCGUUGCCCGCCUUCUCCUUGUGAUGGUUGCCUCGCUGCUGCUGGGUGA